AAGGAAGUGAAAAGCAAGUUUGCUGGUUGCUUUAUGUUUGCUGCAGGGUUCUCCACAUAGACCUGAGCUAAAGAUGUUGUCAAGAAAACUUGUAAUUGCUUCAGUGGCUGUUGUCUUGUUGGCGUCCACUGUAUCAACUGCUCCUGUUGAAGAUAAGGAGCCGGAGGAGAAUGACUUUGAGGCUGAAGAGGGGGAAGAAGAACUGUCUGAGGAGGAAGAGGAUGAUGAUGACUCCAAAGGUCAGCAUAUGAAGGGAGCUGGAUCGCAUACGGUGACUGCAGCACCCAAAGGCUUGGGUGGUAUGACUCCUUUACCUGGCAGCUCUGUUGUUGGCAAAUCUCCAAAUGGUGUCGCUGGAGGAGCAGGUGCUAAUGGAGGUUCAGGAUCUAAAGUCCCUGUGUCAUCAGGUCAAGGGUCAUCCGGCCACAUAUCACCAGGUCAUGUGUCAUCGAUGUCGUCAAGCCACGCAUUUGAUCGACCUUCAGCAGGACAGACGUCAGGUGGUGUGGGUGUAGUUUCCUCUGAGGUCCAAUCACAGCCAUCAGACCCCCUCGAUGGAGGCCCCUCUGCUCCGCACUCCGGUGGUCCUGGAGACCCCCUUGAUGGAGGCCCCUCUGCUCCGCACUCCGGUGGUCCUGGAGACCCCCUCGAUGGUGGCCCCUUUGCUCCGCACUCCGUUGGUCCUGGAGACCCCUCGAUGGUGGCCCCUCUGCUCCUCACUCCGGUGGUCCUGGAGACCCCCUUGAUGGAGGCCCCUCUGCUCCGCACUCCGGUGGUCCUGGAGACCCCCUCGAUGGUGGCCCCUCUGCUCCUCACUCCGGUGGUCCUGGAGACCCCCUUGAUGGAGGCCCCUCUUCUCCUCGCUCCGGUGGUCCUGGAGACCCCCUCGAUGGUGGCCCCUCUGCUCCUCACUCCGGUGGUCCUGGAGACCCCCUUGAUGGAGGCCCCUCUUCUCCUCGCUCCGGUGGUCCUGGAGACCCCCUCGAUGGUGGCCCCUCUGCUCCUCACUCCGGUGGUCCUGGAGACCCCCUUGAUGGAGGCCCCUCUUCUCCUCGCUCCGGUGGUCCUGGAGACCCCCUCGAUGGAGGCCCCUCUGCUCCUCGCUCCAGUAGACCCCCUCAAUGGAGGCCCCUCUGCUCCUUGCUCUGGUGGUCACAGAGUCCCCCUCGAUGGAGGCCACUCUACUCCUAGCUCGGGUAGUCACAGAGACCCCCUUGAUGGAGGCCCCUCUGCUCCUAGCUCCGGUAGUCGCAGAGACCCCCUCUACAGAGGUCCCUCUGCUCCUAGUUCCGGUGGUUCCGUAGACCCUCUCGACAGAGGCCCUUCUGCUUCACGCUCCAACUCCAGCGUGUCAUCAGGUCAAGGGUCAUCCGGCCACAUAUCACCAGGUCAUGUGUCAUCGAUGUUGUCAAGCCACGCAUUUGAUCGACCUUCAGCAGGACAGACGUCAGGUGGUGUGGGUGUAGUUUCCUCUGAGGUCCAAUCACAGCCAUCAGGGUCAUUAUCUGCACACACAGAUGGCUCGCAAUAUGAAAAUGGUGAAAUGGCUGAAGGAUCUCAAAUCGAGCCUCCAGAAAUCCCAGAGACAGAAUCUAAUGGUAAUGGACACAAACAGCUAAUGAAUGGAGGAGAUACAGGAUUCACAGGCUUGGAUCAUUUCAUAGAGGGCACAUCUCAGAUACAAGGAACAGGUGGUUUUGAUUCAUUUGGUGCAAGCCCUCACCUGGAAAUGACAGGCAUAAUAGACCAGUCGAGUCAUGACUUCCUCACUGGCUUAAUGGGUGGAAUGGAUGACAGCUUUGGUGCAGACACUCAGACAGAUGGGUUAGAUCAUAUGGGACUCGCAUUUCAUGUGGAAUCCACAGAUGACUGCUGUGAUGACGUUCCUCGCUACUUUUCCUUUCCAGCGCUUGGCUUGGGUCCAGGGCACCCAUCUAGUGGCGAUCUGGUUAAAGCAGCUCUGCCAGACUCGCUGGGACCAGAUCAUCCGUCUGUUGCCAAUGGGAAUGGUGAUUUCCCACACUCUAUCAACUCGCUGGGACCAGAUCAUCCGUCUGUUGCCAAUGGGAAUGGUGAUUUCCCACACUCUAUCAACUCGCUGGGACCAGAUCAUCCGUCUGUUGCCAAUGGGAAUGGUGAUUUCCCACACUCUAUCAGCACAUCUGAUAAUGGUGUUCUGUCAAGCUCAUUAGCUGAUACUACAGAUUCAUCAUUCUUUGAUACAAUGACAAAUAUGGAUCAUUCCUUAAUAGGCUAUUCAGAUAGAGGAAUGGAUAAUGGCAGAGACUCACCUGAUAUGAAUGGAAACGGUCGGCACAAACCAGUGGCAGCUGUUCAUAAAGGUAUGAUCGAACAUCCAUAA